CCUGUUGUUCCCUAUGCAGCUGAAUAACAAAAUUCACAACAAGAUUGAUUUGGAAAUGGACCGAUCCAGAUUCUUGUCUGGGGUCCAAAUUUUUUUGGGACUCUUCCAGCUUCGUAUCGCUUGUUUAACAACAUGCUGAUGACACGGUUACAUCAAUGGCCGCACAAAAAUCAAAGUGGACAUCUUGAAAUAUGUAACUAUCGCUUCUCCAAUUUUUUUUAUACCCCCAAAAUGACUCAUUGGCUAAAGAGUGACUUGGUUGUUUAAUUUCACACUUAAUGGGUGAGCAGUAACCCAACUAUUUUUUUUACAUAAACAUGAAAAACUCAAAUUUUCCAAAGUCGCCCUACUUUUAUCUUGCCGCAUUUGACAAGAUGCUGUACACGUCUAUGACCACUGGGCGCCGCUGCAGGAAUGCAAUCUUUGCCCGUCUGUUUUAAAACUGGAAAAAAAAAAAAACUUCUAAUCUCUCGGAGGGAGACUCUGGACUUUCUUUUUCCAAUCAUUGAAGACGCACGAAGCGAUCCACGGGGCUCCCUGCUCGGAUUCCGUGGAAAUGGACCGCGACUGUAACGUGACAGCUCCGCGGGAGACCAAUUAAAAGCGUGAAAAAUCAACUGGUCGGUCCACUCCGGUGAGGUUUCGAUCGUCGACGAGACGAGACGAGGGCAGGGCGCUCAUGACCCCGUCGCGGCGGACCCGCUGAGGCUCGCUUCGCGGUUCGGUCGGCGAAUAACGACACGAAGAAAAGCGGCCUUCGGUGUGAUGGAGUGGCGAGAACAGUCGACGGUCAGCUGCCAGGACGCGUUCGUGGAGGCUCGGAGGUGGAUCGAAGCAGUCACCAAGAAAACUUUUAAGGGCAAAGACUUCCGAUCGGCUCUGGAGAAUGGAAUUCUGCUGUGCGAUGUGAUCAACAAGAUCAAGCCCGGCACCGUCAGGAGGGUCAACAGGCUGCCGACGCCAAUCGCCGGUCUGGACAACAUUAACGUCUUCCUGAAGGGUUGCCUCAAGCUCGGACUGAAGGAGGCGCAGCUCUUCCACCCCGGAGACCUCCAAGACUUGUCGUCCAGAGUCACGGUCAAUGACGAAGAGACUGACCGGAGACUCAAAAAUGUGCUGAUCACCCUUUACUGGCUCGGUAGAAGAGCUCAGGGCGAACGUUCCUAUGAUGGCCCGUACCUGAACUUCAAGGCAUUCGAGGGUUUACUGGGAACGGCACUUCACAAGGCCCUCCAAGAAUUGUCUGGUCAGAAAGGCAACACCGGUUUGGGGGACAGCUGGGAUUCGGAGCCAGAGGAGCUUCAUCAGUCGAGAGAAAGCCAAGGAAGGGGAGGCGGACACAGGAGAGACGACUCCUUGGACAGCUUGGACUCGCUGGGCUCUCAGCCGCUGAGCAUCUCUUCGGACGCCACGCUCAAAGGCAGCAGCGAGGGUUGUUGCAGCGACGCCGAGGCCGACGCAGCCUUCAGGAUGGCCGACAAGGAGUCCCUCGCUUACCGCCGCUCGGUCACCCUCACGCCGAAGGUCACCACCCAGUUCAACCAGUUCCUGCCCACCAAGGACAAGCCCACGGGAUACGUGCCCGCCCCGCUGAGGAAGAAACGGGCCGAGCGCAACGACGACAGCCGCCGCAGCUGGGCCAACCCGGUUUACGAGGAGGAGGACGACGUGCCGAUCGUCAGACCCCCCCCCGACAAAAGUCCCGCCUCCCCCGCUGCUCACCAACGGCGGGCUUUCGAGUACGAAAGCGGCAGCGACUCGGACUCGGAGCGUCCGGACCCCGAUCUCGUUACGGACGACCUGGCCAGCCGACGCUUCCACAGCCCGCCGCCGGCGCCCCCCGUCAACUUCUCCGUGCCCGUCGGCCCGGCGCCGGGGGGGCCCCGCCCGAGGGGGACCGUGAGCUCCGGUGUUGCUCGCAGCGGCGGCGAAGAACAAAAGGCCGAGCGCCGCCCCCCGGUGUCCACUGACAGCCUUUUCAGCGAUCCGUACGGCGACUCUGAGGACGAGGACGACGAGGUGGGCUACGCCGACCCCGUGCAGGACGACCUCUACGCCCGCAAGGUGGGGGCCGGACUCUUGGUUGCCGGGGAUGCCUCGCACCACAAAUUCUUGCCCAAGUUGUGGACACCGCAGGAGGACGUUCACGUCCGGAAGAUCAAGACGGGUUCUCAGAGGCCGUGGUACAGGAAGAUGCAAGGGUUCAGCCGCAAGAGUUCGGGCUCCUCGUCGGACGAUUCCGAGCCUGACGUCGCUCCCCGGCCGCCCUCGGGCCCUCCCCCCCCUCGCCCCUCCGCGGCUCAUAACGCGAAAAGUCCUCCUGUGCACCCUCACAGCACCCCACACCUCCCCAAGACCGCCCUAUUAGAGACCCCGUCCCUGGCGUUCGCCCCGGUGGACCCCACCUCCGGUCCCAGGCUGGUCAAAUGUCAGCGCUGGCCCCUUUUAGGGCGCCAAGACCCCCGGGAGCCCCCGGACCCCAUCGAUUACGACAGCAUCGUUCCUGAUUUGGAGAACGACGACAUGUUUGCCAGGCGGACCCUCGCCUUCCGGUCCAACAGCGAGCUCGCCGCAGCCAAGACGCCGCUGUCGGCAAAGCGCUGCCUCUUCACGUCGGAGGAACAGAUCAAUAUCGUGACCCAGCUCCCUAUAAAGGAAGAGGAGGAAUAUCCCAACAUCGAGCAGGACGACGUGGUCCAACGUCGGGAGAAAAUCCAGCAACAGCGACGCCCCCUGUCGGGCGCCCCUGACAACUUCUCCCCGUUGGCCGUCCCCGAGCCCUGGGACCUCCCGCCUGAACUCAAGACCAGGCUCCUGUGCCCGCCGUGCCCCCUCGCCCGGGAGUCGCCGGCAAAGACGUCGGCUCGCGUCAGAACGGAGCCGCGCCCCGAAACGGACGACAUGCUGGUCCGAAAGCUCGCCGCGCUGCACGGCAAGGUGUCGGCCAAUCAGGGCGGCCCCCGUGCGCCAGCUUCCUGUUCGGAGGGCGACCUGCAGAGGUGGCAGGCCAUCCGGGAAGCCAGUCAGCGGCGACACAAGAAGCGGCUGAUGGUCCAGAUGCUAACGGCUGUCAAGUUACAACGGCAAACAUCAAACAGUUUCGACGGGAGCAAAUCGACCAGCGACAUCGCGGAAGAAUCUGUGCUGGUCAGACGGCGGUCUCAGUACGAAGCUCUCGAGAAAUACCGCGAGCACGUCAAGCAGAGCGACGAUAAGUGGCAGGAUGACCUCAGCAAAUGGAAGAACCGCCGCAAGAGCGUCAACUCUGACAUUGUUCGGAAGAAAGAGGAGAGGGAGCAGGUUGAGCGGAUCACGUCCGGAGGCAGCACCAGAAGAUCCAAAACCUACAAAGAGAUGCAAGAUGACAGGGAGAAUCGGCGAAGCGGCAGCGUCGGCAGCCGCAUCGGGAGGCUCAGCUUUGACGAGGACAGCGACGUAUUUGAGAAACCAAAACCCCGUACCCGAGACAGCCUGAGCAGGAGCUAUACGGUCGACACCAUUCAUCACUCCUCGGGCUCAUCUGAAGCUGCCCAGAAAGAGAAUAAGACGCCCGUAGUCCCGCUCAGAGCCACUAAGGCAGAAGCCGAUGCCACAGACGCUCCCAGUGGGAGCGCCACCCGCAGCUCCUUCCACAGACCCAAACCUUCUGAGACCACAUCCUCCCUCAGGAGUUCAGUGUUCGACAGCAAGGCCGAAACGGAGGCGAUCUCACCUCCUCCUCGACUAUCACAAAAGCUGCCAGAACCAAAGAACCCAGUUAAGGUGGAGCCCCCGUCCUCCGGUUCUCUGUCCAAACCACCGCUGGGCAACAAGACCGAAGCCAAAGCCGAAGCCGUUUCUCGGAUAUCCGCCUCGCUGCCUCGGAGCUACCAGAGAUCGGACAGCUUGCGAUUGUCGUCAGUGGUGACGCCGAGACCUUUUGGGACCCAGCCGUCCCGCAUUGGCUCACUUACCCGGAGCUUCACGUCGGACGACUCCAACAGUCGCGUCAACGGCAGCGGGGCCGUUUCCGUGAAGCGUCCGGUGGCAAGCCGCUAUCGUCAGUUCAUGACCGCCGAAGACGAGGCGCAGUCACGGUCGAGCCCUGACCAGAGCAGCGAGGACGACGACGACGACAAGCAAGAAGAGACCACGGGGGAGAGCCUCACAUUUGCGUCCAGCAUCUCAUCGCAUCCAGUUCCUGUCAGGAGAGAAGUUUCAGCCAAGGGACCCCACGAGGAAAGUUCCUGCGAGAUGCGGAUCAGCCUCAACCAGAAGCCCAACAGCAGUCGGGACUUUGGCUUUGAUGUGGCGUGGGAGUCUGGCGGGGCUCACGUCAAGUCCAUCCAAAGGGGCAGCCCGGCUGAGACGUUCCAGUUGCAGGCAGGGGACGAGGUGCUGACGGUCAACGGCCACCAGGUGGCGGACAUGAGCUACCUGGACUGGAAGGCCAGCAUGGAGCGGGCUCUGCAGGAGGGCGGCUUGGUGAUGGACAUCAGGCGUCACGGCAAGAGCAACUGGGACGACAGAGAUCCGUCUUCCCCGCCAUUUCAAGGCCGUAAGACCGUCAAUCUGACCCGUGCGGAUCAUCCCAUACUUGUAGGUUUCCCCGACGCCGGCUCCGCCAGCACGCUGGAUUUCACUUCGCUCGCGGACACGUCCGCCAAGGUCGCCACCCGCUCGGUGGUGGAUUUGGCUUCCAACGGCGUCGACGGCGGUUACCCCAAAGUGUCCAUGACGACUGCAGAAUCGGAGCCCAUUUCUAUGAUAAACAUAAAACGGAGGUCGCAGUUUUUUGAGCGAGGAGGAGCAGAGUCCAUCAUGCCAGAUAUACCGGUUCCGCCAAUAACUACGUCUUCAGCUCGCUGGUCUUGGGAUCCGGAAGAGGAGCGCAGGAGGCAGGAGAAGUGGCAGAGGGAGCAGGAGCGCCAACUACAGGAGAAAUAUAAGCGGGACCAGGAGAAAUUGCAGGAGGAGUGGACAAAGGCCCAGGAGGAGAUCGCCAACAGUGGCCCACAACGCGAGACCGUGGGCUCGACCUUCACCUCCUGGGAGCUGGAGCGCCAGCGAGAGACGUGGCAGGAGGAGGUGGAGGAGGAGCGGGAGCGCUCGAAGCUGGAGGCCGAAAGGAAGCGUAUGGAGGAGGAGUUUGAGCGCCAAAGGCGGGAGAUGCGGAGGCGGGAGGAGGAGCUGGAGCGAGAGAGACAGGAAGUGGAGAGGAAGAGGAGGGAGCGGGAGGAAGAGCUGGAGAGGAGGAGGCGGGAGGAGGAGCUGGAGCGAGAGAGACAGGAAGUGGAGAGGAAGAGGAGGGAGCGGGGAAGAGCUGGAGAGGAGGAGGCGGGAGGAGGAGCUGGAGCGAGAGAGAGACAGGAAGUGGAGAGGAAGAGGAGGGAGCGGGAGGAAGAGCUGGAGAGGAGGAGGCGGGAGGAGGAGCUGGAGCGAGAGAGACAGGAAGUGGAGAGGAAGAGGAGGGAGCAGGAGGAAGAACUGGAGCGCCAAAGGCUGGAGAGGAGGAGGCGGGAGGAGGAGCUGGAGCGCCAGAAGGCGGAGGAGAGGAAGAGGGCGGCGGAGGAGGAGGAGAGGAGGGAGAGGGAAGUAGAGGAGGAACGCCGAAGGAAGGAGGAAGAAGAGAGGAGGUGGAGGGAGGAGAGGGAAGUGGAGGAGGAACGCCAGAGGCAGGAGGAGGAAGAGAGGAGGCGGAGGGAGGAGGCGGAAAGGAGGGAGAGGGAAGUGGAGGAGGAAGAGGAGGAGAGGAGGCAGAGGGAGGAGGAGCUGCUGUGGCAGAGGAGGAGAGAGGCGGAGAAGGAGGAGCUCAGGAGGAGGACGGCGAGGGAGCGAGCGGCCCAGGAGCAAAGGAUGAAGUCACUUGAGGAAGAAAGACUUGAGAGUAGAGGAAGCGACGCGGCGGACGCGAAGGCCCCGCAGCCGACGUCGCAGGCGGAGCUCCAGCGCCAGCAGCUCCUGAACGACAUGAAGAAGAAGACCAACCUGCUGACGGACAGCAGCUGGAUCCGCCAGCGCUCGGGCAGCGCGCCCGGCCGCGAGGACCCGCCGUCCACGCCCAGGGGCGGCUUCCUCGGCCACCGGGACGAGCCGCCCAACUCCUGGCGUUCGUCGUGGACGCCCGGGACGGACCCCCACAUCCCAAACUACUCCCGGCCUCGCUCCGCCUACCUCGCCGGCGCACCUUUUCACUUCGCCUCGGGCGCCCCCCCCCUCUCUUUCCGGGGCCCGGCGGCCGAGACGACGCCCUGGUCUCGGCGGGCGACGUCCCCUUCGCUGCCUCCCGCCGCCUGGUCAGAACCGGGUUCUGACCCGGGUUGUCUGCAGCAGCGCAACAGGUCGGUCAGCGGCAAGAAGGUGUGCACGUCGUGCCAGACGGCGCUGGGGAAGGGGGCGGCCAUGAUCAUCGAGUCGCUCGGCCUCUGUUACCAUUUGAGCUGUUUUAAGUGCGUCGAGUGCAAGUCGGCCCUCGGGGGAUCGGAGGCCGGGGCUGAAGUCCGGAUCCGAAACAAGCAGCUCUACUGUAACUCCUGCUUCGUGCGAUUCCAAAGACCAGUGAGCCAACCCGAGGCCCGUGGGCUCACACGCGGCCCAGGUGAGCAUCACAUCUGCGGUCCUAAACCAAAUGCAAGUAACUGUUUAAAAAAGGCCACAAAUGUGUCAUAAACUUAUUUUUUCAUGAUGUUUUGACCUUGGAGAGAAAUCGUCCCCCCCCCCCCCGCUCGAUAUGUAAUUACUCCAUCUUGUUUUUAUUCUUGUUUAUGAAUAAUAAUGACCGCCAAUCGUGUGCCUUUAUGUCUGUAACGGGGAGAAGUUUACUCUUAUGGUUACCCAGAGUGUAUUUAGUGAGGCGGCAUAUUCCGCAGGUUGUAUGAUGACGUGUGAUGAGGGCACAAAGAUUUAUGUAAAUAAAAACUUGUACGCUGAU